CAUGGCGUCUCUUCCUCUCACUCAAACCUCUACAAUCUCUCUCCCUAAACCUUAUCUCACCAAUCCCUUCUCCUUCCCUCCCCGGAACGUGACACUCUCAACAACACAUCGCCGGACUUUUCCCACCGGAGGAAUCAUUGCUCGUUCGUAUAAAGUGGUGGUGGAGCAGGACGGAAAGAAGACGGAGCUGGAAGUUGAACCGGACGAGACGAUUUUAUCGAAGGCUCUUGAAUCGGGGAUGGACGUGCCUUACGACUGCAACCUCGGCGUUUGCAUGACUUGUCCGGCGAAACUCGUGACCGGAACGGUGGAUCAGAGCGACGGGAUGCUGAGCGAGGAUGUGGUGGAACGUGGCUACGCGCUUCUGUGCGCGUCGUAUCCAACUUCUGACUGUCACAUUAAGAUGAUCCCUGAGGAAGAGCUCUUGUCUCUGCAACUAGCAACAGCUAACGACUAAAGAACUGGUCGUUUUUUGGUGUAUGGUGUGGUGUACUUUUGUAAUGGAAUCUUGCUUUUCGAGUUUUUGAAUGUCACUUGAGUUCAAACAUACAUUCAGAAGGGUUUAUGAUUAUAGUAAAAUGAUUAAGGCACUGCAUAAUCCAGCGAAUUUAUUCAUUGUAUGUAAAAUCAAUAUAUAUGUCCUCCUAAU